CUUCCGAUUGUCUCGUUCUGCAACUUUUUCAACGCGGAGAGAAGAGAGAGAGAGAGAGAGAGAGGGAGGAGAGAGAGAGAGUCUGGAGUCGCAAUAAAUGAGAGUGUGCGGAGAGAGGGAGCGAAGAGUGGGGCUGCGAGAGUCGCCAUGGCGGCGUUUGCAGGCUGUGAUUCCGUGCCAUAAUUGCAUCGAUCCCCUCCCCUUCUUCUUCUUCUUCAUCGUCCCCUCUCUCUCGUUCUCUCUCUAAAGUCAAAUUCUCUCUCUCUCUCUCUCUCCACCUUAAAAAAACCCUCCCAUGUCCCAACAGGGGCCAUCACUCGCCCAAAAAGCUGCAACAGCAAAAAGCACUCCCAACCCCAAGGACAACAACCACCACCACCACCACAACCAGAUCGAUCCCACAACAAACCAGCGAAAACGAAAACUAAACCAAGCUGAACAACAACCUAAGAAGCUUCAUAAGAUCAUCCCUCUUCUUUAGUCACGGACUCAAGCACAACCAUUUACUCUCUCUCUCUCUCUCUCUGAGCGUGUAUGUCAUGGAUCACAUCUCACUUCUGAGGGCAUCAUCUUCAUCGUCAUCGCUCUCAGCUUCUGUCCUCGCCAGUACGUGCAAGACAUGGCUGGGGUUUUCUAUUUAAGCCAACUAGCCCCGCCGUCAGCUCACCAGGAUCAAGAACCCGUGGAGGAUACAAGCGCCCUCUUGCACAGACCAUCCAACCACCAUCCCGAGGCGGAGGCGGAGGAGGAGAUCUUGCAGCUAUGGCCGCAGAGCCAGUGGUUUACUCACCACCAACACCACCAUCAAGGACAUCAAAGCGCGGACGGCUACUUUUCUCUCGGAGCAGGCCCUAGUUCGCGAUCUCCGGAACUACUGACGGUGAUGAUGAGGCCCGGAGGAGGAGGAGGAGGAGGAGGAGGUAUAAAUUGCCAAGAUUGUGGGAACCAAGCCAAGAAAGACUGUGUCCACUUGAGGUGCAGGACUUGCUGCAAGAGCCGAGGGUUCGAAUGCCCCACCCACGUCAAGAGCACGUGGGUCCCUGCCGCCAAGCGCCGCGAGCGGCAGCAGCAGCUCGCCGCCGCCGCCGUCAUGCACCACCAGCAGCAGCAGCCGCUGCGGCAAGAGCAGCCGUUUCAGCUCGACCAUUAUUCCAAGAGGCACAGAGAGGGUGAAGUUGCCGCAGCCCCGCCGUUCCCUGCCGCUACCUCGGGGUUGGAAGUGGGACAGCCGUACCCUCCGGAAAUCAAUUCGCCUGCCGUUUUCCGAUGCGUAAGAGUAAGCGCAAUGGACGACACCGACCAGGAGUUUGCGUACCAGACGGCUGUCAAUAUUGGAGGGCAUGUGUUUAGGGGGAUUCUCUAUGAUCAAGGGCCCGAGAGCCGCUUUGGUACGGCGGGGGAGAGCUCUUCUGGUGGCGGCGGGGGAGCUCAUCAACCUCUUAAUCUGAUAACCGCCGCGCCAGGUGCUGCCGCCGCGACCGCCGCCGCCACCGGCAACCUAGCCACCACAUUGCUGGACCCUUCCAUGUAUGCUACUCCGCUGAACGCCUUCAUAGCCGGCACGCAGUUCUUCCCGCCCCCAAGGUAAAUUAUUAGAAAGUUUCGUCCCCCAGUGUCAUCGACCAUUUUUCCAUCUAAAAGUUUCAAGAUUUUAGACGCAUCGACAACGAAAAUUGCAGAAACUCGACUCUCUUUUAUCUUCUAUCUAUGAGUUUGAACAUGAUUAGACGAGGAAAACUUCUCGAAAUUCAAGAAUAAAUUUUUCGAAAUCCGAUUGUUAUAUGACGCAUCUGUCUUUGUCCGGACUCCAUUGUAUCCUUCUUAGUUAAGCAGCUCCGAGUUUGACUUUCUAGUAGUGUAAUCUCUUCAUUUCAUGCUUUAAAUAUGGACGAUGAUCCAAAUUUUCUUUGC